AUGUUAGCGUCAAUGUGUUAUUUAACAAAUGGAUCCAUUUAUGAUAAUUUAAAUUUAUUUUAUUCUAUUCUCUAUAUAACACCGACUGUUGUACCAUAUGAAAUAUUUCAGGUAGUAACUCAGUCAUAUAUUGACGUUUUUGUAUCAACAAUAACCAAUUCAUUUAUUCGAUCAAUUCAAAUGAUACAGAUCACAACACAAGGCAAUGGACUUCUAUCGGCAUUGCAAACAGAUUUUAGUCUAAAUAUAAAUUUUACCGUCUCCACACUUGUUCUAUUGUCAUCAAAGUCAUAUAAUAAUUCAUGUUCAUGUCAUACUAUGCCAGCAUGUAUAGAACAAAUAGUUGUUGCAUCUCUCUCUGAACCAAUGCACAGUGGGCAACAACGUGGACAUUAG